AUGUCUUCUCCAACUUCCUCGCCUUCACCAACCCGAAACCCUAAGCGCUCCUCCAAAUUCGUAGAAGGCUCUGCCCUCGCCGGUCCCGAUCUCCUCCAACGAACACCCACCUCCCUCGAGCACCUCCAGACCAUCCUCGCCAUGGAAGACGCCAUGGAAAAACACAAACGCCAACACCGCAACUCUCAAUCCUCUGUUGAAUCCCUCGCCUCUUCACCCAGCGGAAGUCCAACCAGCGAGUUUUCAAUGCCUAAAGAGAAGGAAGGCAUAAGGAGCAUCAACUUUGGGAGAAGCAGUAUGGAUGAGCGCCCGAAGCUUGGGGAAGUUGAUGCGGAGGGUGUAGUGAGGAAAUUCAAAGGGCGUCUGAGGGCGUUGACUGGAGGCAGUAGCCAUGUCAGACCUCAUCCGGGAACUUGA